AAUAAGUUUUGUAUUUGAGGGGGUAGUGAUGACUUCCACCAAGAAAUUGGUUGUAAGAGGUGAUGCUUUGUGCUAAACAGCUCUGAUUUGAGCUUUAAAAUACAUUGUUGGUCUGACUUUAUCUUUUACAGCGUCAGCAUUACUACUUUCCAGAAUGUUUGGUGGCUAUGAAUCAAUAGAAGCCUACGAAGAUGAACUUUAUCGUGAAGAGUCAUCCAGUGAGCUGAGUGUUGACAGUGAGGUGGAAUUUCAGCUGUAUAGUCAGGUUCACUAUGCCCAAGGCCUUGGUAAUGCCGACACGGAGGAAGUACAGAAAGAAAAGGACUCUGGGAAUUCUGAAUCACUGAGUAACCAACCAGAUCAGAAGGAUUUAAUUGUCCUUUCUGAUAGUGAAGUCAUUCAGCUAUCAGAUGGGUCAGAGGUCAUUACUUUGUCUGAUGAAGACAGUAUAUAUAGAUGUAAAAGAAAGAAUGUUAGAGGCCAAGCACAAGAAAAGACCUGUGGUUCUCUUCCGGCUCGUGAAUUGGCUGGCAAGAAAUGCAGGCGGAAUACCCAGGCGCCAAACCCUGAAGAGGGGUCAGAUGGGAUCCAAGAGGUCAUGGUGAUAGAAGUGAGUUCAAGUGAAGAGGAAGAGAGCCUCAUUUCUGAAAGUGAUAAUGUGGAAAGCUGGAUGCUGCUAGGAUGUGAAGCGGAUGACAAAGAUGAUGGUAUUCUUCUCAACCUUGUGGGAUGUGAAAACUCCGUUACUGAAGACAGCGCAAACUGGUUCAUCAGUGACAGAGACAUUGAGGCACAGAUAGGUAAUAACAGAGCUUCUGGAAGAUGGACUCCCCGAUACUAUUCAGUCAACAAAAAUGUUACCUGCAGAAAUUGUGACAAAUGUGGCCAUUUAUCAAAAAACUGCCCGUUACCACAAAAAGUCCGUCCCUGCUGCCUGUGCUCCGAGAGAGGACACCUCCAGUAUUCCUGUCCAGCGCGCUUUUGUUUAGACUGUUCUUUGCCUAUGUCCUCCACUCACAGAUGUCUGGGAAGAUCUUCCUGGAGAAAAAGAUGUGAUCGAUGUGACAUGUUGGGCCACUAUGCGGAUGCUUGCCCAGAAAUCUGGAGGCAGUAUCACCUAACGAUCAAACCUGGACCACCCAGAAAGCCCAAGACUCCUUCUGGACAGUCAGCCUUAGUGUAUUGUUACAACUGUGCACAGAAAGGCCAUUAUGGACACGAGUGUACAGAAAGAAGAAUGUUUAGCCAGACGUUUCCAACAUCUCCAUUUAUCCUGUAUUAUGAUGACAAAUAUGAAAUUCGGGAGAGAGAACAGAGAAUAAAAAGAAAAGUAAAAGAACUCCAGAAAAAUGGGGAUUUCCCAAGGCCAUUCAAGAGACCUCAUAUGGAAACAUCCAACAAGAAGCCGAUGGAUACAAAGAAGAGCCAGUGUAAAAGCAACAGGUGGCCUCGAGAAAGUAAAGAAAUCCAGAAGGAACCAGUGAACAGGACCAGAGAGCAGCAGAAGCCUAGAAAAACUGACAGAUAUCAUGAAGCAGAUGAGGACUUUCCCAGGGGCCCAAAGAGCCACUCUUCUGUUGGUGGUUUUAAAACCCACAAGUCUCACAGAUCUUUGCACCGUUCAUCACACUUUCACAAGCCAAGAGAAGACAAGCUUCCCAAAGAGGGCAGGCGGGGCAAGCAGAGGGAGAGACGCACAGACGACGACAACGAUAAUUUGUUUCUUAUUAAGCAAAGGAAAAAAAAAUCUAAGCUGUGAGAUAGCUUUUGACUGGGCUUCGUGUAGUUUUCACAACUAUGGCAUUUGGCAAUACUUUGACUACACUUGAAUUUUACUUUUUAUUUUUUUAAUUUCAACUAUAUCUAGAGUUCCUAAACAACAACCGUGAAGAUCUCUGUUUUCUAUAAGCAGACUCCAAAAGUUUGUGGAAGUGUCAUUUAAAAAUUUUCCAUGAACUGUUUGAAACUCAUUAGUAUGUCCUAUUAAGUAAAAAAAAAAAAAAAAGAAAUUUAGACUUCUUUUGUUCCAAUAUGCCAUUUUUUAUUCAGAAUCCUCGGGAGACUAAGAAUUUUUAUUUUCAAGAAAAAUGUUUAAAUAUAUUUUGAAAAAAAAAUGCCCAUUGCAUAUAGUUCAUCUGCAGGGUGAGUGUUAAAAUUUUUGUAGAAAGAGAAUAAGAAGAAUGCAGGGUUUUUUUUCAGCAUAACUUUUUUUAAACCUUGGACUAGAUACUUGCUGAAAAUGUUCUUGCUUGUGAAACUGUUGACAGAAUCUUGCUUUGUACAAACCAUCACAGGCUGACUGUGAAGAAGAAGGUAUCGUUGGAGCCCUGAAGAGGCAGAAAACUGGGCAGUAUGGCAGCAGUAAGGAAUGUCCCAAGACAGCUUCCCUGAAACCAGUGAAAAAGAGUCCUCAUAAAUUGUAACGUAAUCAUAAUGACAUGGUUUUUACCAUUUUCACGGCCACUUUUCAGAACUGUCAUUCAUGUAAAAUCGAAUAAUACCCAACUUAAAUGUUAUUCUUGUUUCCAUAGCUUUUUCUUGACUGCCACAAAGUUGUACAGAAUUUUUUGCAUUUGUGAACCUUUUAUACUUAUCAAAACCUAAUGCUAGAGAAACAAAAAUAAAAUGUCUAACAUGAGUAAAUAAAA